AAUUGCAAAUGGCUGACAUGCAGUAUAUGUGAAUCAAUCCUUCCCACACAGCUAUCUAGGAUGAGUUAUGAAAAAGUCGGGAGAAGUCGCAGCAACACCAAGAGAUUUACGAAAACGCCGUGAGAUUUUGACAAUUCUGCCAAAAUCCUGGGAGGCUACUACAUGUAUCACGGAUUCCGAGAGACACGAUAUAAAUGGAAAGAUCAAAAUGUCUAACCCACAUAAACAGAGGUUCUGCGAGCAGACAAAAUGCCUCUUCAUUUUGCUAGUAGCAGUUAUAGCAGCUAUUGUCCUAGUGUGUGUACUAACAUUUACUGACAAAAGUUUUCGAGCGAAAGUGAAACCGCCCAAAGAAUUAGAAUGGUGGAAAACGAGCAUUAUUUAUCAAGUUUAUCCACGUUCAUUUCAGGAUUCUAAUGGCGAUGGUACCGGAGAUUUAAAAGGUGUAACGAGUCGCCUUGACUAUCUGAAAGAUUUGGGUGUGGGCGCCAUAUGGUUGAGUCCCUUUUACAAGUCGCCUAUGAGAGACUUCGGGUAUGAUGUUGAGAAUUACACCCAAGUCGACCCUUUGUUCGGUACUAUGGAUGACUUCGAUGAGCUGAUGAGAGAAGCUAAGAAAAGAAACUUGAGAGUACUAGUAGACUUUGUUCCGAACCACACGAGUAACGAGAGCGUUUGGUUUAACAACAGUCGCCACAGUGUCGGGAAAUACAGGGAUUACUAUGUAUGGGACGACGGCAUAAACUGCUCCACAUGUUCCGAAACCAACUUCAAAAAACCUCCAAAUGACUGGACCAGCGCCUUUCGAGGUUCAGCGUGGACGUAUGAUAAAAACCGGAAGCAGUUUUAUUACCACGCCUACUUGGAUGCACAGCCGGACCUCAAUGUUCGGAACCCUAAAGUUAUAGAAGAAUUGUCGAAUGUUUUACGUUUUUGGCUGCAUAAAGGAGUAGAUGGAUUUAGAGGUGAUGCCAUACGAAAACUCUUCGAGUUUCAAGAUUUGCACGAAAAUGAAAAUGGCAUAAAAAAUUUGACCAGAAAUCUUCGUGAAAUAUAUCCAGUAAUGAAAACAUGGAAGGAUGUGUUGAACAAGCACGGCAGAAGAAAUGGACAAGAGAAAAUAUUGAUAGCAGAAUCAUACGGAAUUACGAACGAGAUGCGAGAUUCGUACUACGAGGUGGACACAAUACCAUUCAAUUUUGCAUUUGUUCAGAAACUUAACCGAUCUUGUGAAGCUCGCUGUAUUCAUGAAAUUAUACACUCUUCCCUAAUGGAUCUAAAAGAAGAUUGGUGGCCUAAUUUUGUGCUAGGAAGUCACGACGUAUCUAGAAUAGCCGACAGAAUGGGACCAGAAUUAGUUGAUGUAUUUAAUAUGCUCCUGUUGACGCUACCCGGUACACCAACAACAUAUUACGGCGAAGAACUAGGAAUGAGAAAUGCAUUCUAUACAUUAAACGAGAGUCAAGACCCGGCUGGACUGAAUUACAAGGGUGAUUAUCUAAAGCACACACGGGACCCAGAACGGUCGCCGAUGCAGUGGAACUCCUCCACAAACGCUGGGUUUUCUAAUGGAACCCCGUGGUUACACGUGAACCCCAAUUACCCAGUUUUAAAUGUAGAAGAACAAAUUUCCGUAGAUACCUCCAGUUUAAACACUUAUAAAAGACUUGCUAAACUGAGACAGCAUCCAUCUUUUACCAACAAGAAAAUUAUUUUCUCAACCGUUAACGACAACAUCAUCUCAUAUAUAAGAACCGAUGCUGAAAAACCAAAAUACUUGGUUGUUAUGAAUUUUGGGUCACGUGAUUCUACAGUAGAUUGCAGUGGCCCUCCUCUGGUUGCUUCAGAAGGAAAAGUUGUCUUUUCUAUUGGCAAUUCUCUCACAGAAACUUCAACAGACAAGACUGGAAAUAUCAUAAACUUAAAGACAAUUUCUCUGAAGAGAGGGCAAGGGAUCAUUGUUAAAAUAUGAAAAGCGUUUUGCUUCCAUAUUAUGUCCCAGAGGUACAUAAAGAAUAUGGCAAAUUUGCUUUACUCUCUUUGCUCAUAAUUACAAUUAUCGUUCUGUUUGAUUUUCCUCUUGCCAAUUUACAUUUUUACUUCGGGACAGAAGGGUAAGAACAGUUUUAAUUAAGCCAGAAAAGGUCAACUGUUGAAAUAACCUUUAAAUUCUCUGUAGCAUACCCAAAUAAAGUUGACAUCAAUGAAACAGAG